AGCACUGCGUCAAUCUUUCCUACUGGCCGUCAAACAAUUUCAACUGGACAUGGAAUGAUGCCUCGUGCGACCUAUCAUUGCAUGCAGUGUGUGAGCAGCGGGAUUCGGCUAACCCAAGGUGAGUUAAAAUAGGUGAUCUAGUUUUCACAGUUUGUAGAACAGAAGUGCGCGGAACGAUUGGCUAGCAACCAUCGAUGUUGUUUAUACAUUCAACAGUUUCCGCAUUGAAAAUUUCGGUGAUCGUCAAGGGUAACCCAGCGGGGGUGAAAAACAAAUUUGAACAUCAGAAAACCUCUCUUGACUAACCUUGGGCUAACCAUUUGUCGGGAAAACCAAAUGCUGAUGUUUCAGCUAUAGGCUGCAAGAAUACUUGUCAAGUUACUAUUUUCUAAUAAUUACAAAAAUCGCUACAGCAAAUUUUUCGAAGUUUAAUAAUUUAGUAUUUUUGCCCAUGCAUUACGCGGUUUCUAUUUUGGCCCACCACGGCAAAAUCAAAUUGAGUGAGCUAAAAUAGAGACUGCCUAACGCAUUGGCCAAAAUACCUCAUUUACCCUAUAGCACAUUGAAAUUUACAAUAAUUCAUAACGAUUUUAACUAAGAUAAUUUAUUUGGUCUCAAUUAUUCUAGCAUCAAACGGGAGGAUUUAAUGCUGUGAAGGUUUUUGCAAAUUUUCAAAUAGGAUGGCAUUACAGGAAAUAAUGCUUAGUUUAAUAUUAUCAAAUACCUACGAACUACUGAAGUUUUUUGAGCGUCUUAAUGGAAUGCAAUCCUGAAAAAGUUUUUUUAACUUUAACCUCAAAUUAGACAUUUACGUUACGGCUACGUAUAUGUCAAGGAUAAAUGUUUCCUCUAACAACUUACUUUUACUGGUACUUACAACAAAUCGAUUGUUUCGUUUAAUAAGUUAAGUUAACUCAGAAUUAGAUUAAAAAGCCGCUAGCGUGUAAAACCUCUACGUCGGCGAAACAUAGCUCGCUCGGCUCACUUGAGUCAGUAUUGCUGGCGAAAAAGAAACUGUCAAAUGAAAAGUUCGGGAACGUUCUCUUCUCGUCGACAUGCGGUACGAUACCUAUACCUACGAAUAUAUAUCAUUGAAUUUGGCGAAAUUGGCCGACACGUAAAAAAAAGGCACGUAAAAAAAAGCGCGGUUAGCAUACGAAACUUCCAAGGCAACAUGAAAUGCGUGCAGUGAAGCAAUCGUAUGUUCGAAUCUAGAUAGAGAUCUAGAUCUAGAUAGAUAGAAGCUUGCUAGAUAGAGUCAGUAGGAUCGUUACACUUGCCUCGUAAUUUUUCUGUACUCUAACAGCUGGCUGCGAAGUCUGUCGAUAAAGAAGGGAAACGUCUAAAGACAGUAUAAACCCAAGGCUUUGCUUUGCAGUAAAGCAAUCCCGGUUGAUAGAAGGCGCGUCGAGAUCCGUCGAUAUGUUUUUUUACAUAACCUGUGAAAUUCUUCAUUAUUUUAUCAAAUUACUUAAUUCAUGACUACUUGCUGUAACUGGUGAAAAAUAUGCAUGUUCUAUCACCUCAUUAGCAACUAAGUUAACGGUCAUAUAGCUACUAAUGAGGUAGUAGGAUUGUAGCUCCGUAAAUGCAAAAGAUAAAACAAAACUUUGUUCAGCAAAAUUGUAGAUAAUAACUAGUUCUGCAAAUGUCCUUUAUUUACCCUUUUGCUCGGCUGAGACGGUACUGUCAAACGAAUCAAAAUUGAGUCAAAGUAAUCGGAUAAUCUCUGAGUCUGACAGAUGGAGAAAAUCACGGAUAACUAUAUCCGCAAUGUGUUUUUUCAAAAACUUUGCUGCAUGGAAAUCAACAGGCAUACCAACACGGUAAACCUCCAGAAACCGCAUUGCACUGCAUAGUGAAGUUAAUCGAGAAAACGCUCAAAUAUCAAGAGACGGUAUUUUGUGCUUUCCUUGAUAUUGAAGACGCUUUCGAUAACACGCCCUUCGCUUUAAUUAUUGCGGCCGUAGUUUAAUCAUGUGUGGUACUUUUUCAAAAUGAAAUCGAUCACACUACAAUGAGCUAGAUUCUAGAAAUGUUUUCGAGUAGAUAAAUCAUAGCAUCAUUGGGAGAGACGUCGCUCACGAUUUUGGCGAUGAAAGAAACUCCACAAGCAGUUCUCUGCUUCUUGCUUUUGCUCACUGGUGGCCGACGCAUUCCUUCACAAGCUAUCGCAGCUUGGUUAUGAGACUAUUGCUUACGUCGCUAAAGGAAAAUUUUACGCAGUGCAGCUAGGACCUAUAGACACCACCAUGUUAUGAUGUUUAUAAGGGUGGCUUAAUAUAAAUCACACAAGAAUAGUUGUUAUACCAUUCACUAUUAAAAAACAUAUUGUAGGGGGAGUUCCAUAUACUGAUUUCUAACUGUUAGGCUGAGCUUCAGUAAUGUAGUCAAACUCCUCGGAAUAAUCUAUACCUAUAAAAAUGGAUUUCUGUCUGUCUGUCCGUAUGUUCCUUAUAGAAUCGAAAACUACUGAACCGAUCGGCGUGAAAAUUUGCAAAUAGUGGUUUUUGAAGCCAGGGAAGGUUCAUAUGAUGGUUAGAGACCCCUCCCUCCACUAAGAGGCAGGGAUACAAAUACAAAUACAAAUACAAAUACAAAUAAAACAGAAAUUUUUGCGUAACUCAAAAACUAACCGAACUCGAGAAAUUUUAGACACUUUCCUAAAACAUUAGUCAAUAACAAGACCAACAAACACUAUCAAUAGUAACAUUAGAUAAUUCAGCGCGAGACGGCCACAGGCCGCGAGUGUUGUCAGCGACCUGCCGUCGGAAGCGGCGGCCACUGCGGGGGCAGCCUCCCGUAGAGAUCACCUCUAUCUAGGUAUAUUUAUUUUCCUAGAUCUACUGACCUCUAUUACUUUCCUUCAGUUGGGUCACCCCUGCGAAAUGGUUCUUUCUACGAAAAGAUUUUCCGUGAAAUGGUACAUCCCGUGUAAGGUUUUUCGCGAAAUAGUAUUCUACGAAACUCUAUAUUCCGCAUUAUGGUCAACCAAGAAUUAGUGUUCCGCAAAAUGGUAGUCGGCGAAAUGGUUUGUAAUGAUGGCGAAUAUUUAAAUGCUAUCCGCUUUCUUCUAGACGCUUCAGGCUAGACAAUGGGGGGAGUUGUUUUCUACUUUACUAUGAGCAAAAUUUGUAUAUUAAAACACCCAUGAACUCCCCAGAAACUUGCAAAACUCGAGUUUGUGACAAAGGUCAUCCGAGAUUCACGAUGUAUGUACAACACAGUUUAUUUUGUGACAAUACGAAGUUUGUCGGGUCAGCUAGUUGUAUAUAAAAACUGUACUGGGUUGCCACCUAGAUUAUGCUGUUAAGAAAUCAUCCGGUUUAAUUAAAAAUUGGAAUAAUUAAAAAAAUCUAAAUCAGAAAUAUGAAAUAUCUAGUCUUAAACUAUAUGAAAUGAACAUUCAAUCUAGGUAAUAUAUUACCGUAUGCCGUAUUUGUAUACCGUAUUUGUAUGCAGAAGCGACAGUUUAGAUAUACCUACAAUGUUAUCUGCAAAUGGCCUUUCCAGGAAGUCAUGUAUUUCCCAUUAGAAAAUACAGUGAUGUAUUCCUAGUUCUCAAUUUCACGUGUGAUAACUGCGAAGCAAAUGGGACUUUUGCUUAGCUUGUAAAUUGGUCUGUAAGCUUUUUGUUAUCUUUGGUUUGAAGAAGACCGGACAUCUAUAUAAAUAAUGUUAUCUUGCCCAAGUUUCAUAAAUAAAGAAAAAAGUCAUCUUGAGUGUUUUGUAUAUAAACACAGUGCGCUUAGUUUUAGUCCACCGUUUGUAGAAAGAUGUCUCCGGAGGAGAAAGUAUCAAUUCUUUUGACUUCUAUACUGCUGCUAGGGGUACAACAACUACAAUCACAAAUUGAAAAUGGAUAUCACAUUUCACCUUACACGAGCAACUGGUUCGAAGCAGUCGAGUACUGUCACCGGCUUAGAAUGCGGCUAGCCAUCGUUGAUAAUGCCGAUAAACAUGCUGCGGUCGUCAAGCUUGCUCAUGAAACGGGACUCUGGACCGGUGGCUUUCUCGGGGUAUGGCUCGGUGCUAGUGAUUUGGCCAGGACCGGUAUCUACGUUUGGCACGAUACCGGAGUUCGGAUAAGAUUCGCACAGUGGAAAGCGGGUGAACCGACUGGCGGGCAGGAGCACUGCCUAAAUCUGUACUACUGGCCGCAACAAAGGUUCAACUGGACAUGGAAUGAUGCACCGUGCGAGAUUUCGUUAUAUGCAAUAUGUGAGCAGCGGGAUUUGGUCAAUUAGUCGUUCGUAAAAAACGAACGUUGAAGGAGAGCUUUCGAGUAAUUAGUUUUUGCCAAUUUGAUCAAUUUUACGUGAGCCAAUUGUAAAAGGAUAGCACUAAUCCUGUACCCGAUAGAAUAUUAAAUAAAGGGGAGAGUCAUAAUAAUUCGUUUACUGGUUUAGUGCUUGACUGCACCGAAGCUACAACGAAAGGGAAAAAUAAACAACCGAAAUC